AUGUCCGACCAUCUGGCUUACGACUAUGACCACAGCAAGGCCACCACUUCCGAACUCAUCGAAAAGCUUCAUUACCUGAAUGACAAAGGCGCGAUCUACAUUCCCAGUCUACAACUCACCCGGACUCAGAGGAAGUGGAAACUCAUCGCCCAACUCGAGAAACACUACGCUCUUCAGCGCGAGCACUUGAACAUCAAUGUCAAGGACUACCUUCACCUUUGCCAUGAAAAGACGUAUCGCAACAAGAUCACUUGCCCGGAGCUCAGGAACAUCCUCUCGCAGUACGAUAUCCCCUAUCCGGAUGAGCCGAGUAGAGCUCAGCUUUUGGAGGUUCUGGACAAGAAUAUCGUGUCCAUCCGAAAGCGCAAUCGAUGCAAGGAAAUUGAGACAACUCGCAGGAAGCUCAAGAAGCUGGCUGAUACUCGCAAAGAAGCCGAAAACGGCCGCCAGGACGUCGGAGAUGACGAAACGGAUGCCAAAGCCACUGAGGAGUGGAUCUUGAACAUGUCCAACCGUUCCAACGACGGUGAGAAGAACCAUCGUGAGGAGGUGAGAGAAACUUGGGCAGUCUGGGGACUUAAAGUGGCCAAGUCUCGCGUCUCUUAUGCUGCAAUGGCGCUCGUCCCGUGGAUCAUCUUGGCCGCUCAAGUAGUCGCACCAAAUGGGGCAGCUCCAUCGUCUUGA